AUGCCCAUGCACGUUCCCAGUGACAACAAAGUCACGUGGCUUUGGGAUACCGCAGCCGGCAGGCAUCUCAUAGGCAGACAAGCUUUGUCCUCCAGGGCGCUCGCGUGCGUCCGCAAGACCGACACGCCUGUUGGUUUUGCAACUGGAGGCGGGGCGCGAGAAGGCACUCACAGCGUUGCGUUCGAGGGUAGCCGUAUCCUCCCAAGCGCCGAGCAGGUCUAUGUCCUCAAAGAGUGUCCUCCCGCAUUCUCUGUUGGAAAGGCCGUCCUCGACGAAGGCUCUCUCUUCGUUUGGGAUCCUAGGGAAAGCCAGCCGUACCUCGUGCCAAAGCAAGACGUACACAGGUGUAGUAGGCUCAAAGUCCCUAGGAAGGCUAGGAUAAACGCCACAAGGGUUGUAGAGUACGUUCCUCAGUUUGACGAAGAGCUCAAGCCCACCGUUUACCCUUCCUCCUCCAGCCUAAGUCCUGUCGUUGCCUCCGCUUCUCCCGCUCCAGCGGAAGACGAUGCAGUGUCUAUCGGCGAGAUACCUCCUCCAGAGGGGUAUGAACCGACAGAGAUCGGAGAUAGCGACGAAGAUGCCCGCAUUGUAGACGCAAAUGCACUUGCAGAAGAGACUAGAGAGCAGCUUUUUGGCAUAGGCGCUGAAGGUGAGUCAGCUGCCGAAGAACCAUCUCCCGACUUGCCUGAACACGCCAUUCAAGAUUUGCUAGCGCUUGAUGGCAGUGCAGACAUGUCAAAAGAAGUUGCCCGAGUCCGCGCCGAAGCAGGCCUCCCUCCGGAGCCUGCACCUGCAGAGGGCGCAGCCGUUGGCGCGCCACCUCAUGCACAGCCAGAAGAGCCUUCCCGUGAAGAGGCUCUCAGAACUGAGGCCACCUCUGCAAAGCACUUGCGCACUCACUUUCCAAAGAAUCCUUUCUGCAAAAUCUGCCAUGUCGCAAAGACGACCUCCAUGCGUAUCGCUCGCAAGCCGGAUGGGAAGGCUGAUGACCUGAUUGACGUUCCCACUGCUUCCUUUCAGCAACUUGCCACUGAUGACGUCAUCCUCGCGAAAGGAGACGACCAUCGAGGUAUAGGAACAGGGGGGGUUAAGUCACACCACGUCAUUAGGGAUGUCUUCUCAGGCGGUAGGAUUGCAUAUCCUAUGACGCGCCGUGGCGCACAGCAGCAUGCACGCAACUACCGCCACUUCAUGGGUCUCAAGGCCUCCGAGCUUGCACCCACCUGUCUCAUCAAAAUGGAUGAAGCAGGCGAGCUAAAGACAGCAGCCGAGGAAGUAGGCUUAAUCCCCGACACCUCUCUCCCUAAUAGGUGGCCGCACAACGCGGCGCUAGAGCGAGACGUGAGAGAAGAGAAAGAGUGUUGUAGAGCCAUUCACUUGCAAAGCGGUUUGCCCUAUGACUUUCACACUUACUCAUUCCCGUUCGCGUGCUUGUCCUUGUCCUUUGAUAGGACUGCAAACACCGGAACAGGUGUCACUCAGUGGGAAGCCUUGACAAAGGAACCCUUCUCAGGGAUGAGGCUUUGUUUUGGCCAGCUAGUUUGGUAUAGGACAAAACUUUCCAAGCUAACGUUAGAGCCCAACAUGUCACCAGCCUUGUUCCUUGGAUGGCGAAUUGAUGCUGGUAUGAGGUACCGCGGAGUCACUCGCGUACUCGAUUACCAUGCUUUCCGCAACAAGCGAGAAGUCAGCGUCAUUGAUGUUCCUGAACCUGAAUUGUUUGUCGAAGAGGGCGAGCCCAUCUUCCCUCUUGCAAAUGCCACGCGCAAGGCACUUGUGGACGGCACAGUCCUUGAAGGUCCUGCCGCGCGCUCUGCACUCCCAGACUUCCCCGUUCGCGAGGCAGUCAAGCAUAUCGAAGUUUGCCGCGAGCGUUUUGCCAAGCUGGUAAGCACAGAACGCGAGGAGGCACAGGCUAAGAAGGCAGUAAGCAAGGCGCAGGCUGUCGCUGAAAGCCUAGAGGUUCUUGGGGCCGACCCUAGCCUCGAGGCUGUCGCAGACAAUCUCCUUGAGGCAGCUGCUGAAAGAACCUGCUCCCUUACCUGCCUCUGCGUCUUCACCUCCACUAAUCGUGGCCUCCGGCGCUGCGCUCCCUCCAAGUUCAGCUACAAGGACCGUGCUCACUGA